CAGCAGAGUCGAGCAACAGUCAGAAACUAGUUUGGUGCUGCAGCACAGGAGUGAUAUGUUCGCUGUCAUGGAGUCAGAGAGGAGAAACCGCUGCUCUCUGUCAUUAAUCUGCGCUGUGCUUGUGUUGGUUGUUCAUCUGCAGCUGGUUUCAACGGGAGACUGCCCUGCAGACGGACGCACAUGGGUGCCGUUUGGAGACGGAUGUUACCACUUUGUCCACGGAGAUGAAGACAAAAUCAAAAGCUACACUUUUGACAGAGCUAAAACCCUCUGCCAAGGAUUUGAGCUUUUGACCAUCCAGAGCGCUGAGGAGAAUGACUUCAUCAUUAAAUACAGCCCAGAGGUGUGGAAAAACAACGUCAACGUGUGGCUGGGGAUGUAUUAUGACACAAACGCUGACGUCAUGAAGUGGUUCGAUGAGACACCUGUAAGAUUCAGUAACUGGGAGGACAGCCCUUCGCCAGCAGACCUCUUGGCCUUGGAUACAUGCGUGGCUCUGCACAGCAACACGGGAAAGUGGGAAAAUGUCAGCUGCCUGGAACAGGCGGAGAAUGGAGUGGUCUGUGAGACGAAUCAGAAGGCAGAGGAAGCCAAGCCGAAGGCCAACGCGUGGCUGUCCGCCCUGGUCAUUCUCAGUGUGGUGGCUAUCAUGGGAGUCUCGGCAGUUAUUUGGUUCCUGCAUCAGAAGCACAAUUUCGGCAACAGCAUCCUCACGGCGUUCGAGUACCACCCUCCGUUCCGAGUCCUGGACACAGACCGGUCCUACCUGGUGGAGGCUGAGGAGACCGACAGCGUGCCGUAGGAGAACUUCCUCUCUCGUCUAGGAAGCAGAGAAGUCCACUCU